AUGACGGCGAUCAAUUAUCGCCUAUUAUUGCCGCUAUUAAUUGCAGGUUUAGGUUUAGCCCUAGCAGAUUCAUCAUUGGAGCCGGCGAAAGUCGACAAAAACGGAGCUGUUAAAGAUGGAAACCAUUUGCGGAUUGACCUGAACGAGACGUCCUCAGAAGAAUUACUGGACAAAUGGCUUUCCCAGGCGGUGUCUGGCCUGAUGGCUGCCGUGGCCUCGAAGCGAUUGGCUACUGUACCCGAAGAGAAGAAGAAUAUAAUUCAGCAGUGCUCGAAAGACGCGAAGGAUGUUCCGUCACACGCGAGAUGUAUCGUCAAGCUCCUCGACGCCAAGGAUAUUAGCCAACCGAUCGCGAAGCCCGAGAAAAAGACGAAAGCGUUCGAGAAAGUUGACAAAGUCGAAUGGGUUGGAUCGUUCGGAACGGCUCGUUCGAAACGCGAUGCUCCAUACAAGGUCAUCAAUCGCGACAGCUACAAUCUGCACCUCGCCGCCGACGAGGAUCCGAUGAGCCGUGUCGUGAAGAGUAUGACGAAAACGGUUCGGGUUCUCAAAAACAAAGAGCGAACCGAAUCGUGGAGAGAAGCUAUCAAUCGCGUGAAAAAACUUGGCGAAUCGGCGAAGGCCGAGAAGAAGAAGCGCGAGCAGAUGAAGGAGCACCUCAAGAAGAUGAUCGACAACACGCCAGCUGAAUUCAUUGAUCCACGCAAGCCCAUUGCACUGAAACAAGCUGAAAUGGAGGACGAGCAGAACGAAAUGACCAAGUUGAUGAGAAAGAAGCAAACGGAAGAGCUGAGAGUUCCGUUGAAAUUCCUAAGAGAAGCUGUUAAGAUGGCAUUGGUUCUUGGAGGUCAAAAUGUCACCGAUUUCGAUCGCAAAACACUUAAGAUGGUCUCGCCGCGAUUGAUGUCAAUCAUGCCCGAACAAGAAGAUGACUCACUCUUCAAUCUACUUUCGCCGUCGUUGUUCUCACUUCAUGAGGACGGUGAGGGUAUUGAGAAAUUGACGUCGCUCCCGCAUUUGUUGAAGAAACUGGAUAUGCGCGGACAGGAUGCUUGGAUGGACUUCAUUGUCGAAGCCGCUGGUGUUACUGAUGAGGUCGAUAAGGCCGAGAAGGUGUUCAAGGAGCGCAGAGAGGCCGAGCUCAAAGGCGAAAAUGGGACCCCAUUGUAUUUCACUAAGAAAAAUGCAACUGAAAUCCUUGGAGACGACGAGAAGCGCAAAAUCGAAGUUUUCGAGUACUUGGACAAAUCCUACAAUGACGAUCAAAAAGAUAAAUUGAAUACUGACGGAUACGCAUUCCUCACUGAAGCUCAAAUGGAAAAGCUAUACGGAUCUGAUUCGCCAUACCAUCAUAAGAAAGCUUUGAAGAGAUUCAAGAAGCUUCGUGAUGAUCCGGAGAAGUACAUCGAGAAAGACAUUCGUGCACUCGCUGAAGCAGAAAAGUUCCGUGGAGCUCGUCGCGCCGAUAUCGUCGCUUCUCCGUUUUUGCUCACGCCACUCACCUUCGCUUCUGCUCCACUUUCCAACACCUUCAUUGUGCUCUCUCCACUCGUUCUCUCCCCAAUCACUCUCUCGCCAGCUGUUCUCGGACCCAUCAUCCUCUCUCCUUGGGUGUUCAUUCCCCUCAUCCUCUCCCCUCGUGUCCUCUCUCCACUCAUUGUCAACCCCUUGGUGUUCUCUCCAAUCAUCGUCUCUCCAUUAGUCCUCCAUCCACUCAUUCUGGUACCAGGAAUUUUCAAUCCUUUAAUUCUUUCGCCAUUGGUGCUUUCUCCAUUUAUCCUUUCGCCACAGGUCUUCACACCAUUGAUCCUCUCGCCAUUCGUGUUGAAUCCUCUCAUCCUCACCCCUAUGGUCGGAUCUCCAUUGAUUCUUUCGCCAUUCGCCCUCUCCCCAAUCAUUCUUUCACCUCAAGCUCUAUUCGCUGUCGUUCUUUCACCAUACGCCUUGUCACCACUCAUCGAAUCUAAGCUCAUCGCCGCCGAAGUCGUGCUUUCCCCAUCAUGGCUUUCCUAA